AUGGUCAACGCACUAGGAUAUAGCAAGAAAUUUAAGGAAAAAGCCUAUACAGCCAAUGGCGUCUAUUCAAGAUCAGGAAAUUUACCACUGAUCAUUACAGCACCGCAUGGCGGAUUACUGAAGCCAGAAUCAAUACCAAAUAGAAUUGGAGAUGGAAGUGCGAUACUAGGCGACAUGUAUACCAAGGAUAUUGCUCUAGGCAUUGAGCAGUUUAUCGUAGAUCAUUACGGAAAUGGCGCUCCUUAUGUUGUUGUAAAUAAUAUAUCUCGCCGAAAAGCGGAUCCAAACAGAUCAUUAGAAGAGGGUACAGAGACGGAGGCAGGUGAGCAGGUUUGGAAAGCGUACCACGGCCGAGUUAAAGACGCUGUAGAGAGUGUAUUACAGAUGAGCUUGUAUGGCCUGCUUGUGGAUAUCCAUGGGCACACACAUUCUAGUGGCAUGAUAGAGCUAGGUUACCUGCUAUCACCAGACGAGUUACGAUCUGAUAAGGCCAGACUGGACCAGGCGAUAUUAGAAAAGAGCUCCAUUCAAUCAUUGGCAAAGAGACACGUGAAGACCAAGGCACCACAUCGACUUCUCGGGUUGUUCGGUGAUUCAAUUAUGAAAUCAAGUAACAAUCAGAUUUCAGUGCUGCCAUCUUCAACCAUACCAAGCCCUCAUGAUGGGGAUUACUUUAUGGGAGGUUUCACAACGCAACACUAUCACAACUAUUGGAACGGCCUCGAUGUCGUUCAAGUGGAAAUACCCAAGCACCUUCGUUGGAACAAGGAAAACCGGCAGCAUGUCAUUAGAGCAAUUUCGCUAGCCAUUAUCAAGAUGCUCGAUCAAUAUUACCUCCACUAUAGUAAAUUAUGA